GAUCUGUCCUAUUGGACCGGUCCGAUUACUGGAUUUCCGGGCACCGACGAACCGACGUGACAGCUAGAACAAACAAAUUCAAAUUUGUUGUCCCCGACUCCAUGAUGAAAAAUAGCCGAACACUACCGCCACGGUCCGCGUUGUAUUGAUAGCUUGAUCCCGAACCCCCGUGUGUUCAUAUAGGAAAAGGUUCGCGUCUGCGCUGAUUUGACAGAAGCGUUCGCUCGCUUCGCUGGCCGACCGUUAAAUUUGGGGGACACACUUUUGAAACACCACUGUCACGUCGGUUCGUCGGUGUUCCGGGCCCAUGUUUUGUACAAAACAAUACUCGGGAUUUUCGGUAGGUUAGUAGCAAUAUCGGUAACGAUCAUUCUAAAAUUGCUUUAGCAUAUAGUAUCUAAACAUCCUGGUAUCAUAAAUCGUGUUGGCUUUGUAGCUGCGGUUUCGGAUCAGGCUUCCCGUGGAGUCAUGGCUGACGGUGGUCACUUUACGGUAUCCUAGGCUAAACAUGCUUCCGAAAAUCCGGAUGUUCCAAAAACCACGGUGAUCAAAUCGGUCCAACUAAAUACUUUUUCGAUAGAUAAUGAGUUUCUAUGAGCCAAAGAUUUCUAAAAUCGGUUGAAAAUUGACGGAGUUAUGAUCAAUCUCAUUUUCAUGGGUACCCGGGUACCCUGCCGACAUUCCACGUAAUAAAAAAAAAUCAGAAGCCUCUCCCCCUGCCUUUCCUCACUUCAAAAUUGGGUACCAUGCCGACCACAUAAGGGUUGAAAUGUUGUAUAUGCAUAUUGCAUAAUGUUAAUGCACUGGGUCAUAUUUUUGCAACUUCAUCACGAACACCAGAUUCGUCUGUGGUCCGCAAUGGGCUAGUGACCUUCCGAAAAGAAAAGUUGAACGCUCUAACGUCAACGUAAUAGUUUUUUUUUCUGUUUCAGGGAUCAAGGACGUGCGGGCACGUGGAAUAAAACAAUGUCUAAGAAUGCUACCAAGAGAGGCAACCAGCACCAUAACACAACCCGUAAAUGGAGCACCCGUCCGCCUUCGAAGAUAAGUGAUGCACCAAAUGCUGUUGGCUCGGACCGGAUAACCGUAGAGGGGAAUAAGAACUUCUCGUGGUUGAGCAAGCCAUCGCUACCAAACGACGGAAAGGGCAAGGAUGUCACGGAUCGCGUCCAGAACAAAAGGCCUAUCCAGCACACCGUGACGACUAAUGACGGUCCGGUCAUUCGUCCGGUGCCCAAGAGCCAUGGAAACGUAUAUACGACGGGCGCCAUUUUGGCCACGAGUAUGUGCGGUGCGCGAUCGAACUAUUCCUGGGAUAUCGUUAUUGAAAAGAUUGGGAAUCACCUAUCCAUGACUAAACAUGAUAAUACGGAGUUGACUGUGAACGAAACCAGUAUUCUACGGUACAUGCUCGACAGUUGCAUGAAACAAAAGGAUGGCAAGUAUAUUGUAAAAAAGGAUCCGAACAAGCCUAUGAUCCGAUUGUAUGACAUCCUGGACAACAGUUCUGUGUCAAAUGGUGAAGCGAUGGAAGUUUAUGAUGAUGCGGCGUUCCACGCCAAUGGACCGCCACGGGCUACGUCAGAAGCGGUUACAGUUGCCGCCAAUGCCGCUGCAGCAGCUGCGGCCACGGGCGCUACAAUAUCGGCUGCUAUGGAACGAGGUACCGCUGUUGCUGCUACCAUUCCAUCAAUUGAUCGAGAAAGUGCAGGCCGUGGCGGAGUGCAGGCAGAAGUCAUGCGAACAUUGUCCAAGCAAUCUACCAAGAAACGUGACCAGCACCGUGGAACAACCCUUGGCGUCCGUCCGCCACCGAAGGUUCGCAAUGCAUUGGCUGCUGUAAAUCCGGAUCGGGUAACCGUAGGGGUCAGGGAUUUCUCGCACUUGAGCAAGCCAUCACUACCGAACGUUGAUAAGAGCAACGAUAUCACCACUUGCGCCACCGACACUAAGAUGUACGAUCGCGUUAACGUCCAGAACAAAACGGCCCCACAGCAGCGUGUGGACAAAUUCUUCCUUACUGCGUCGACAGUUGACGAACGAAUCACUAUAGUGCCGAAGAUCUACGUAAAAGUUCAUACCACAGGCGCCGUUUUGGUCACGCUCAUGUGCUGUGCAAACUUUUCCUGCGAUAUCUUUAUUAAAAAGAUUGGAGACAAACUUUUUAUGGGCAAAGAUGAUCAUACGAAGUUGUCUGUGAACGGAAUCGGCAUUAUGCGGUGCAUUAUCGACAAUUGCGUGAAGCAAAAGGAUGGCAUAUACCUGGUCAAAAAAGAGUCGGGCAAGCCGAUGAUCCGAUUGUAUGAUAUCCCAGACAGCACAUUGGAGUCGAACGGUAAAGAAAUUAAAGGUAAUGACGGCGAGGAGUUUCGCACCAAUAGACCGCUGGCGGUCACUGUCGCCGCCAAUGUCGCUACUACAGCUGCGACCGCGGGCGCUACAACAUCGGCUGCCAUGAAACCAGCCACCGCUGGCGCUAUCCCAUCAACUGAUCGAGAACGUGCAGGCCGUGGUGGAGUGCAGGCAGGAGCCAUGCGAACAUUGUCCAAGCAAUCUACCAAGAAACGUGACCAGCGCCCUGGAACAACCCUUGGCGUCCGUCCGCCACCGAAGAUUCGCGAUGUAUUGACUGCUGUAAAUCCGGAACGGGUAACCGUAGUGGAAAGGGAUUUCCCACGCUUGAGCAAGCCAUCGCUACCAAACGUCGAAAAGGGCAACGCUAUCACCACUUCCGCCAACGACACUAAGACAUACGAUCGCGUUAGCGUCCAGAACGAAAUUGCCCCACAACAGCGUAUGGACAAAUUCUUCCUUAUCCCGUCGACAGUUGACGAACGAAUCACUCUAGUGCCGAAGAUCUACGGAAAAGUUCAUACCACAGGCGCUGUUUUGGCCACGCUAAUGUGCUGUACAAACUUUUCCUGCGAUAUCUUUAUUAAAAAGAUUGGAGACAAGCUGUUCAUGGCCAAAGAUGAUCAAACGAAGUUGUCGGUGAACGGAAUCGGCAUUCUGCGGUGCAUUAUCGACAAUUGCGUGAAGCAAAAGGAUGGCAUAUACUUGGUCAAAAAAGAGUCGGGCAAGCCGAUGAUCCGAUUGUAUAACAUCCCAGACAGCACAUUGGAGUCGAACGGUAAAGAAAUGGAAGGCAAUGACGGCGAGGCGUUUCGCACCAUUGGACCGCUGGCGGUCACUGUCGCCGCCAAUGUCGCUACAACAGCUGCAACCGCGGGCGCUACAACAUCGGCUGCCAUGAAACCAGCCACCGCUGGCGCUAUCCCAUUAACUGAUCUACAACGUGCAGGCUGUGGUGGAGGACCAUUGAGAACUUUGUCGAAGAAUUCGACCAAGGAACGUGACCAGCGCCGUGGAACAAUCCUUCGUCCGCCACCGAAAAUUCGCGAUGCAUUGGCUGCUGCAAAUCCGGAUCGGGUAACCGUAGAGGAAGGGGAUUUCCCGUGCUUGAGCAAGCUAUCGCUACUAUCUACAGCACCUGUGGCCACGGGCAAAACAUCGGCUGCCACAAAAUCAGCUACUUCUGCUGCUGCGUCAAAGUUUCGCCCGCCUUCCAUACUUAAAGAGAGGUCUGCAGAAGAAAUUAGGCAGUAUAUGGAAAGCCAAGCCAAAAAAUGGCUGAAAGGUGGGCGUGUGGCGACAGCGGCCAACAGCAGCGGUAGUAGCCAGCAGGAUCGGUGUGGUGGAUCGGUCUAUAGAUUGAGCCACGGAGAGGGAGAUAUUCAAGAAUACUACGUGGCGUCAAUUGUAGAAGUAAGUAAAAAUCAUUAUUUUCAGGACAUCGCGGUGACCGGACCGAUCACAUUUGAAUUUUUCGAGAUUGAAUAAAUGGGCUUUAUUGGGGAGAGGUUUUCUAGAACAUAGCCACUUUUCACACUUCUUCGAAGAUUGUAAAGGGAUCCAUCUUUCUCGUCCUUAGCACGGUACGCUAGAAAACUUUGAGUGCUUGAAGGUUCUUAUUGAGCAUGAUCCAUGUCUCGUGUCUAUUGUAGAGGAUCACCGGUCUUAAAACGUUUUGCACAUGGCGCAUUUGGUGCGGACCGCAGUUUCUUCUGGAGCCUAUAGUAGUAGGCACAAGAGUAGGCAUGACUUCCACUAAUAAUGCGUCUUCGAAUUUUCCGACUCACAUUGCUGUCAGCCAUCAGUAAAGAUACGAGUUAGACGAAUUCCUCCAAUACUUCGAAGAUAUCCCCGUCUACCGUGACAUUUGGUCGUGUUCACCACCCGUUCGACCUUUGCUGCUUCGCGUUUCAGGCAGGCGAACAGCUCUUCCGAAUGUUCUGGCGAUAAUGUCCAUGUCGUCCGCAGAGCAAAUUGACCGGGGUUUGAUUCCGAACGCCUCAUUUCAAUAUUAGGCUUCUGAACUGAGAUAUACUGCCGUGAAUCGCAUAUCUGUCCCAUUUGCAUAGGAAAUCCAGCAAAGAUGGGACUGAUAUGCGAUUCACGGCAGUAUAGACAAAUGAGUCAAAUGAUUGCCAGAUGAUCGAAAACAUCUUUGCAUAUUAUAUUAAUCAGUAGUAUACAUUAUCAAAACAAGAAACAGUAUUGAACUUGAAGAGUUCCCAAUGUCUGCAAACGUGCAAACAAAUUAAAACCAUAUUUUUUUGCGUGAUUAAGUACGAUAAGUUGCUAUUUUUAUUGUCAUCAACAAUCAGUUAUCAAAACUUUCGAAAAUAUCAAAAAAUAUAGUUAAGGCUUCCUUAAUUGAACACUUUCCAAAACAAAAAAAAAAGAUUAAACAAUAAAGUAUUCAUGAGCACAAACUCUGGAAGUUUAAAGUUAGGCAUUGGUUUUCUUGGGAAUUCGUUAAUUGAUCGAAAGUUCAACAUAGAAACUCGAUUUUCUAUUAAUUUUGAGGUCACUAUUCAGUCACUAUUUGGUCACUUUUUUGCUAAUUUUGGUCACUAAAGUCACUAUUAUUUUGCCACCUGAUCGCUACCAGCCCUGCUUAAGCCUCCCCCAAACCGACGCGACUGUCGCUGGCGACAGUGAUUUUUUAGGUGAGUAAACAUUUAAGCUAUGAAGCGCAUUUUCAUAAGCACAACUUGAAAAAACCAAACAUCGGUUGCGCUGAAAUUUUGAAUGAUUGAUCACUCAUUGAGUGUACGAUUCAAUAUUUACUUUUUUGUAAUUUGUGCUUUUGAAAAUGCUAGGUUCGACUUCGAGCCUGAAAAAUCGCUGUCGCGGUCGAAAAUCGCGUUGCUUUGGGGGAGCGGUUAAAGCCGAUGCGUUGGGACCUGGUAUUCACUGACAGGCGACGAAAGAUCAUUUGGGAUGGCAUCUCGUAGGUGGCAUUCAAAACUGUAAUUGUUCUGAAGUUCUCACAUUCCAAAUGGUAGCUUUUCUUGUGUGGGACAGAUUACCCCUUCCUUGCCCUCCUCCGGUAGCUGUCCGGUUUCCCAGAUCCUGACUAUCAGCCAGUGCAGACAGGUGAUCGAAUUUUAUGAGCCCAUCUUGACGAAUUCAGCUGCGAUACUAUCCUUACUUGCUGCUUUAUUGGUUUUGUCCCCAAUCCUUGUCCCUGCAUAUUUCGUCUCGCGGCACGAAGCCGUACAAGAUGCGUUGGGCUUCUGGUAGAGCUUUCGUGUUUCCUGUGAACGGCACAGUUAUUCCAUUGCUUCGCAAUCCGCUUCUUGCAGGCGGUGCUUCUCUCCCGAAAGAUGUGAGUCUGCUGUUUUCGAUUCUGAUUGUAAUGUUUCACAUUCUGCCGGGUUCCUUGCUGCAGCAUACAACUAUUCUAAUUCCAAUUUAUUUUGCAAUUAGCUUGUUCCUUUUUGAUGGGCGCAAUUUGUUGAUCACUGAGAUAAGCUAUAUAUAACAAUGACUAUCGAUCAUUAAAUAUUUUUUUCGUUUCUCUUUUCAGCCGCCUUCGGAUCAAUAAGGUCGCGGCGCAGUCGCUGGCGUUUUUUUUCCAUGCCGCCGC